AAUUCAGAGCGACAACUCCUCCACAAACAGCGUCGGUGCUCACACUCUCAGCGCGUUCCGCCGCCACAGGGAACCACACAACCAGGGCAAGAGGGGCCGAGGGUCUGAGGACUAACCGAGUUUGUGCGAAACCAAAAAAAGCGUCACAUCAGGAGGCUGCAAGCAAACCUUCCUCAGCAUCAGCAGCUGAAAGGAGCACAGAGGGAGCAUCAUGAAAAAGUCAAAGCAGGUGGGGGAUGAGAACGAGCCGCCCAGCUAUCAGGAGGCAACUGCAGGCUAUCCUGACAUGGAGGCCCAGUUUGCCUGGGAUGACAAGACCAUCAGGAGGACUUUCAUCAGAAAGGUUUAUGCCAUCCUCAUGCUCCAGCUGUCUGUGACAGUCGGGAUCGUUUGUCUCUUCACUUUUUGCGCGCCCGUGAGGUUUUAUAUCCAGACUAACCCCAGCUUGUACAUGGCGUCUUACAUGAUGUUUUUCGCCACCUACAUCGCGCUGUCCUGCUGUGGGGAUCUGAGGAGGCAGUUUCCCUGGAACAUCAUUUUGUUGGUUCUUUUUACUUUGAGCAUGGCCUUCAUGAUGGGAUUUGUUUCUAGCUUUUACAACACCAAGUCGGUGAUGCUGUGUCUGGGAAUCACAGCCCUGGUGUGUCUGUCCGUCACCCUGUUCAGCUUCCAGAGCAAGAUCGAUGUGACGUCCUGCCAAGGCGUGCUGUUCUCUCUCUGCAUGGCCAUGCUUCUCUGUGCCAUUACCAUCUCCAUCGUCGUCCCCUUCGGAUACGUUCCCUGGUUACACGCCAUCUAUGCAGUGAUAGGAGCCAUCCUCUUCACUCUGUUUUUGGCUUUUGACACACAGCUGCUCCUAGGAAACAAGCGCUACGCCAUCAGCCCAGAGGAAUAUGUUUUCGCCACACUCAGCCUCUACCUGGACAUCAUCUACCUGUUCAGCUUCCUGCUACAGCUUAUGGGAGGGGGCCGGGAAUAAAACAUGCGGUAUCUAAAACCUCCAAAACAAAUUUGAUUUUAACUCCCAGAAGCAGACUAACAAACCAGGGAGAUCUGACUCUUAAUCGGAUCCGAGUCUUGAGCAGUCUUUUACUUUUACUCACACAUAAAGCCCCAUUUUUACAACCCCGCUGCUGGUUUUUGCUCUCCUAACACCCAUGGGAAACUUUCUUUAUUUGUUCGGUGCUCUCCUAAUGUUUAGAUGUUUGGGAAAUGACGUAUGGGUAUCAGCCACAGUCACAAUUUGAGCGAUCAGAGCUGACUCAUUGGGUCCAUUACUAUUUAAAGCAUCAGGAAGCCAUUCACUUUAGAUUCAGCAGGCCUGCCCUGGUCGGUAAGUCUUUUUUGAUUCAGUCGAUUAUAUGUAAUAACUUGCACUGAUAGCAGUAUACAGAUUCCUUUUAUACCUGUUUGGACUGUAAAUAAUUUUAGACGGCGUGCUUUGUUCUGCAAGUUUGUACUGUAUGCGUAUGACAAAGUUUCCAUAUGAACACUGACAUUUUAUAGACAAUGUUUUAAUCAACGAAACCUCAACUUGUAUAUUCUAACUGUAAAGUGAACCAACACCAACCACAAAGGGAAAAUGCGUGUAAAGCAUGUUACAGUGUGCUUUUAACUGGUUAGAGUUCUGUCCAAAUCUAAAUGCUGAAUGAAUGUUCUUGUGGCCUUUUAGGUGAUGUACAUUUUAAUUUUUUCAGAUUUAUGAUUUCUCUUAGCAAGAGGAAGGUUCUGAGUAGUGAAUCCACAUGUAAUAUGUGACUAUUUAUUUUACCUAUUUAUUUUACAAACUAAAAGCUGUGUACAUGUAAUUCUGACUCUACAAAAAAAUUGACUCAUGAAAUGCAUUGUAUGCUUUAUCUGAAUAAUAAAAUGGAGAAUUUGAAUCCAAAA